AUGUCAAACACAAAUCCACUCGACUCGCAUAGAACGCUUUGGAUGGGCGACCUGAAAAAGUCGUGGGAUGCCGAUUUUGUUAUUGAUGCUUUCAAACGUAUUGGCCAUACGCCUAUUAGUGUCAAAAUGGUCACAGACAAGAAUUCCGGACAACCUACUGGUUAUUGUUUUGUCGAGUUCUCAGACAGCAACUCGGCGAGAGAGGCCAUGUUAAAUGCCAAUGGAUCAGAUAUUUAUGGAUCAAAUCCUCCUGUGCGCUUUAACUUAUCGUUUGCUAAUGACAUACGACAACCAUCUAUAGAAUACAAUCUGUUCGCCAAUAACUUGGCAUUAGAUGUAGACGAUGCUGAUUUAUAUCAUGUUUUUGGGCGGAGAUAUCCUUCUUGCCGGGGCGCAAAAGUUUAUAGAAAUCAAGAUGGAAGUUCUCGAGGAUUGGGAUUUGUUCGCUUUGGUGAUCAAACCGAACAACAACAAGCUUUAGUCGAAAUGAACCACACAAAAGUUAGAGGAAGAGAAAUUGUUCUAAAAUUAGCUGCUGCUAAGCAAAGACUUCCAAGAAGUCAUAUUGCUCAAGGGCAACAACCUUACUUGAUACCUCAGAAUGAUAUGCAUAUGAUGGGAUCGUCGAUGCAAAUGCCACCACCAAUGCGACCAGUCAUUCCUGUUGAAGUCUCAGCACCGCCCCAACCUCCAGAAUUGGCUUCUAUAACCUAUCCCACUGCUGAAGAAGCUAAUGAAGAACUCAUUCAAAAUGGUGAUGCUUGGUUUGAAGAACUUGAGGAGAGCAGAUGGACAUGCUGCAUUGUGGACUCUUCAUGGAAUGAUCGUGACAUGUGCAAAGCUUUGAAUGCUCAUAGAUGGUGA